AUGCCUGUGGCGUUAGGCGACGAGCUUCACUACUCGCCACGGCCCUUUGUCGCGGUGUCCGCUGUGGUUGUCCCGGAAGCGGUCCCGGCGCCGGCUGUAGUGGAGAUGUCGUCGCCUCUCGCUCCUGGCUCUGCGCCGUCGCCAGCGUCUCCUGCGCCGUUUGCCCCGGCACCUCUUGCGUCGCUUGGCCUUGUUGUCGAGACGACGCCCGUGUCAGCCGCGACGUCUGCUCCUCUACACGCCGUGGGGCCCGCUCCUGCGCCUGCUCCUGCGCCUGCUCCUGCGCCGGCUCCGGCGCCUGCUCCUGCGCCCGUUGUGGCGUCCGCUCCUGCGCCUCAUUCUGCCCCGGCGGUGGCGUCCGCUCAUGCGCAAGCUCCUGCGCUUGCUGUGGUGUCUGCUCCUAUGCAUCCUCCUGCCUCUGCACAGUCUCUUCCCCUUGCCCCUGGGGUGUCGCCAGUACCUGUGCCUGCUGCUGUGGCCUCGUCUGUGCCUGCUGGCGCGUCCCCCGUACCACCGCAGGCUGUGCCCGCCGGGGCGCUUUCUGCUGUUGUUUCUGACCCGUCUUACCAUCCGCCUCUAGCCACCAGCGCCGCCCCGGGACGGGCGGUUGCUGCUGUUGCUCCGUCUGCGCAUGCGUCGUAUCCUGCUCCCUUGCAGCGGCCGUGUCAUCCGUCUCCUGGCCGCCGCCAACAUCGGCCCCACUCCCCCAGACCGCGUGACGAGCGCGAGACGUCGAGGCGCCGUCACGAUUCCCCCCGGCAUCGCCAAUCCCCGGCUGGUUGGCCUGCUCAUCGUGGUGGUCGCGGUGGCUGGAGGGGAGGUCGCGGUCGCGCCUGCUGGGGGGAGUCAGAGCCCUCGCUAACGCUAGCCGAUGUGCAGCGGGUGGUGUCUGCUGCAUUGCGCGAGGAGAGGGCCGGGGUGGCAAGCCAGAGUAGCUCACAGCAUGUUGGACCUGUGGCUCCUCCUCCCGCACCUGCUGUGUCGUCGUCUGCAGCCGGGGCCCGCCUACGACUGCCCUGGGUGCCUCCUGUGGCGGGCAUGGAGUUCGUGUCUGCUGCUGGAGGGAUGGUGUCUGCCCCUCCUCUGUACGAGCCUGCUCCUUCCGCCGUUGCUGCACAUUUUCCUGCCCUGGCAGAAGAGGUCCUCCCCCCGCAGGUUCAGGCGCACGCCUCGCUGUCCCGGCCUCCCCGAGGAGUUCUCCUUGACGGGCAGCGGACUGAUUGUCUUGAGGCUGCCGACCAGCUCGGCCUAAUCCUGGCGCCCGUGUUGGCAGCGCCCGUGCUGGGGGGCUUCGCGGCUGUGGGGCCUCUUGAGGCUGCGGUUCGUGGCCUGCGCCGUUAUUUGCGCGCAGGAUCUGCAGCCGAUGCGAUCGGCGCAAGCUCGUUGGUGGUACGCGAGCUGUGGCGGUCCCUGACUGAGAUUCUUGCCGCUCUGGAAGCCGACCGCAUGUAG